AGCCUUGGGCUCUCGGGCGCAUCUCACGCCUCAUCCGGUACUAGUACAAAGGUUUCUGAGGAGGCCAUGUCCAUCUUGCAGCUCACCCUUACUGCCGCAUGCCUUGCAUUCAACUUGGCCUCGAGUACAGCUGCACCAGAGGUGCGACCUGUGCCCAAGACUUGCCUUCUGCAGCGGAACGCGCACCUGAAGGGCGUGGAGAAUGUGUCCAACAUCACCUUGGAGCCCAAGAGAAGAGCCGAGUUCGCGGCGGCCGCCAAUGCCGCGGCCACGCUCGCGGAGAACGAAGCCAUGUCAGAAGCCACGGGAUGGUUCUUCGAUGUGUUCCAAGACAAGUUCUCGCCGCUCUUCAACACGACGCACGCUGAGCGCAUUCACCUGAAGAAGCACGUGCGCUGGAGCACCUCGGACAAGGUCCUUUUCGCGGUGAUCUGCGCCGCGUUGGUGCUCCUGGACGGCCUGGUGUUCCAGCGCAUGGCCCUCACCGGGCUGCGGCCCCACUUGGCGCUGGUGGGGCUGUGGAUCUUGCUGGGCAUAGGCUACAACGCCCUCGUCUUUGCCCGUCAGGGUAUGGUAGCAGGUGUGGAGUGGUGCAGCGGCUACGUCUUGGAAUGGCUGCUGUCCAUGGACAACCUCUUCGUAUUCCAUCUCAUCUUCCGGCUCUACAACACUCCCCCGCAGCUGGUGCACAAGGCCCUGUUCCUGGGCAUCAUCGGCGCCAUUGGCUUCCGCUUCUGCUUCUUCGCCAUUGUGAGGCGAAGAAAGCCAAGACGUCGGGAGAUGCGGUCGGUCGUUGGGCCGGUUGCAGAUGUCUAGGUCCC